GACGUUCUUCCCAAGCCCAAAGCUUAUUCCAUCGUGGUAGCUGCGCCGGGCAUACGCCGGACUCUCGGCAGCCAGGCCUACUCGCCGGCUGGUUCGGCGCCAUCACAAUGCUGGGUAGGCACAGCUUAGGGCGUGAACGAUGAAGAAGAAGGAUCUCGUCACAGUGCGUCGCUCUCCACCGAGAACAGGGCGACAAAGAUGCACGGCUACUACCUCGGCUACCUGCGCACCUCGGGCGGCCAGCUGAAGAUGUUCGAGGUGAUCGUGGGCCUGGUGCAGCUCUUCUACCUGAUGGCCGUCAACUACGACCGCAACCACGACUGGUACGUGCUGCGCAUGGACUUGCUCAUCAUGCUCAUGGGCACGUUCACCGCCGUCUUCGCCGCAUCGUUUCUGCUGCUCACCGUGCUGCUCGGCUCCACGGAGGUUCCCUUCUCGCUUCUCUACCGGCUGCUGUACCUGUCUCUGUGCGUGGUGAUGAUACCAGCGACAGCCGUGUUCAUCAAGGAGACGCGCAUCCACUCCUCGACGCGGGAGUUGAUCGUGUCGGCCACGGUGUCCGUAUGCUUCUGCGUCGGCCUGCUGGGCAACUUCUUGCUCGCCUACAAGCCGACCAUCUUCGAGACCAAGAUCACCCAGAAAGUCCCCAAGGAGAACAAACCGGAAAGCGGCCACUGAAUGAUAGACAGUGCUACUUUAUUGUAUUCAUCACCACUCACCCCCUAAAGUUUUUUUUUCUUGUUCUAAAUUUUCGUUGAGAAAAGACAUCAAGUACUGCAACUCCAGUCUGCGAAACGGACUCUGCCUUAUGCUGAUGCCGCGUGGACCGAUCGUGCAUUGUGUUGGUUCUACGUUUUAUUCAUCAUUUAUGUGUCAGUUUGCGACAGUUGGAACAAUA